AGUUAAGUUGGCAACAGUGGCCGCAACUAAAGCGACUACUGGAAUUGUUGAAAGAAAUUAAUAAUGUCAUCUCAGCAAUAGACCAAUUAAUUGUUCAAAAUCAACACUCAAUUGAGCACAAUCAGCGAUGGACUUCACGACCUUCGUGAAGCCUUCAAACGGAGGCGGAAGUACUGCGAACGGGGAGAGGAAUAAAUUGCAAUUUUGGAAACACGUCGAGUAUAUUGAGAACCAUGGCAAACAGGAGGACGACUAUGAGUAUUGUAUGACCGAGUUUCUGCGCAUGUCUGGCAUCUACUGGGGCGUCACAGCACUGGACAUUAUGGGCCAGCUGGAUCGUCUGGACCGCAAGUCCAUCAUUGAAUUUGUGAAGCGUUGCCAGUGCCCCGCCAGCGGUGGCUUUUCCCCCUGCCAAGGCCACGAUCCCCAUAUGCUGUACACUCUGUCGGCGGUGCAGAUCCUCUGCACAUAUGAUGCCCUCGAUGAGAUCGAUUGCGAUGCUGUGGUGCGUUUCAUUGUCGGCCUGCAGCAGCCGGAUGGGAGCUUCUUUGGCGACAAAUGGGGCGAGGUGGACACCAGGUUUAGUUUCUGUGCCGUUGCAGCGUUGACGCUGCUUAAGCGCAUGGAGCAGAGCAUUGAUGUGGAGAAGGCGGUCAAGUUUGUCAUGUCGUGCUGCAAUCAAACCGACGGAGGCUUCGGCUCCAAACCUGGUGCUGAGUCACAUGCAGGACUCAUUUAUUGCUGUGUGGGUUUCCUGUCGCUCACACAGCGUCUGCAUUUGCUGGACGUGGACAAAUUGGGCUGGUGGCUUUGCGAACGUCAACUGCCAUCGGGCGGUCUCAACGGUCGACCCGAGAAGCUACCCGAUGUCUGCUAUUCCUGGUGGGUGCUCUCCUCACUGACCAUUAUGGGACGCCUGCAUUGGAUAAGCUCCGAGAAGCUGCAGCAAUUCAUACUGUCCUGCCAGGAUACAGAAACUGGCGGCUUCUCAGACCGUACGGGCAAUAUGCCCGACAUAUUCCAUACGCUCUUCGGCAUCGGGGGUCUCUCAUUGUUGGGCCAUUCUGGACUGAAAGCCAUCAAUCCAACGCUCUGCAUGCCGCAGUAUAUAAUCGAUAGAUUGGACAUUAAACCGCAGCGUUUAACGCUGGCGUAGACAUAACGAUAUUAAGAUUGAAGCUAUAGCCAAUGUUCAAUAUGAAUAAUCUAUUAGGCGGACCCACAACACCUUCAGCUAAAGAGCACUAAAGAGUCCGAUUCAAAGUCCA